GCAGAGGAGCUAGCAGUCGACAUAACAGCUGACCAGCUGUAGAUCAGUUGACUUGUGGCUGGCGUAGCGGUACUAUUCAACAGGCAAAUAUGGAAGUUGAACCUUGAGCAACAAUCUGAUCUGACCCAGGACUGACAUUACGCUUCAAACAACAACAGUAACAAAGCAACAACAACAUGUUCUAUCUCAACACAUUUUGUAGCCGUAUAUCCUCGGACUUCAAACAAAAAGAACUUCUACCUCUCAAGCUUCUCUUCUUUGUCCAUGCGUCAACUCUAUACGUUCUCUACCCCUAUCUCACUAUCCACAUGCGAGAGCUCGGCAUCAACGUAGAGGAGGCGGCCAUCAUGUCAGCUGUGACACCUAUUGUAGCCAUCAUCAUGCCUCCUAUAGCCGGGGUGGUCGCCGACCGCAUCGGCAACUUUAAGUACAUUUUGUCGCUGUUCAAUGCGCUGGGAGGGGCGACAUCGCUGUUCUUGCUGCUGGUACCGGUCGGUCGUAUCAUCUUUACCUACCCAGACAGAUCCGUGUUGGCUGUGUCUUGUCCUUCCAACGCUGAAGGUAUGUUGAGCUUGACGUUAGCUGAACCACAUCCGUGCAUGGCGCUGCCGUCCAUUCUGCGCACGCAGAGUAGCAAUGACAGCGUAGAGCUGGAGGCCCGACUAGAAGCUUGUGGUCUCAUCUGCACCAGACAUGCAUCUGACUUCCACCCUUUGGUGUCAAAAGGACCAAAAACAAUUGAGGCAGAAUCAACAACCAUUCUAAGGACAAGAAACUACACUGUUUUGGUCAAAGACACUUCAACAGGAAAUGUUGAACAGAUCACUUAUUAUCUCCAUGCUGAUGAUCUCCCUCUUUUCCGUUCCCCUCGGCCCGAAGAUGACGACAAAAGAAAUCACAGACUCAUGCAGAACAAAGCACAUUUCCCCACAUCCGUUCGCCAACUCACUGAAACCACAUAUUUCUUUCCUACAAAAGGAUUCCACAAAUUGUUUUGCUCCUUGGAAAAUGUUGAUAAUGCAACAGAAAUAGUCUCGUGCCAUAUAGAACAUCCUGAAGAGUCCGUGAACUACCCUAUCAAUAUACAUAGAGGAAUGAUCGACUUGAAAGUGAAAUCUGCACCAAGCUCCAAUCCAGCCAACAUGAAAGUACUUUACAUAACAGACUUUGAGACAUCAAUGUUGCCUCAGGAUCCACUCAAAGUCAAUGGUUUCAUGGAUGUUCAGUGUGGACUCGAUAACUCAACAGAUGAACUGUCGGUGCUAGUGCCACUGCUGAAUCCAGAGAACAGUUUAGAGACAGACUCAGUCCUACAUCUGGAGGACUGCAAAGCUUCAUGCAUCGCGACUGUGCCUCGUUCCAAACUCUGCACUAACAAAGAUACUGUGGUUGAGUAUGACAUAGCUCUUACAUUCUGGACCUACCUGUCUGUAAGAGUGUUCAUCGGAAUGAUCAGUGGCACUGCUUUCGCUAUGUUUGAAGGAGCUGUGAUCGCAAUUCUGAGGGAACACAAGGGAGACUAUGGACUCCAGAGGAUUUACGCUUCCAUCGGAGGAAUGAUCAGCUCUCCUCUGUCUGGAAUGUUGAUAGACUACGCAAGUGAGAACAAGGGAUACACAGACUUCAGACCUGCCUUCUACCUAUACGCUGGACUUAAGAUACUCAGCGGGUUUUUGAUGCUCACCAUCAAUCUGCAGUUCAAGUCGCCGGCUCAAAACGUGGUCGCUGAUGUUUUAACAGUACUGAGGAAGGUUGAAAUUGUAGCACUGUUCAUCACAUGCUUCAUCCUUGGUACGGCAUGGGGUUACAUAGAGAGUUUCCUCUUCUGGCUACUACAAGAUCUCGGAGCCUCUCGCAGUCUGAUGGGGAUCACCAUCACCAUUGGAGGCAUUGCAGGUCUGCCACUACUGGUUAUGUCAGGACCAAUCAUCGACCGCAUCGGCCACGCCAAUGUGCUCUUCAUCGGCUUCAUAUUCUACGCCAUUCGACUGCUAGGCUACUCCCUCAUCUACAACCCUUGGAUGUGUUUGAUAUUUGAAGCUAUGGAAUCCAUCACCUCGUCAUUGGCCAUCACCGCGGCUGUCACUUACGCUGCUAAACUGUCAACCAACACCACCGACUCCAGCAUUCAGGGCCUGCUUGGAGGCAUCUACUUUGGAGUUGGCAAGGGGUCUGGAAGCUUGGUGGGAGGUUAUCUCAUGAAAGCUGUGGGUACACGAGCCACUUAUCAGAUAUUUUCCGCAGUCACCCUUGUUACUGGCUGCCUCUACUACGCCUUCAACCACCUCUACAUAGUCAACCGGAAACACUCAGAAAAAGAUAUUCCUGAGCACCCGUUUGGUGGGAGCUACAAAAAGAAGUUGAGCCCAGCAGCUUUGGAAAAGAAGAAGGAAGCGGAAGAAGCAAAAAACAAUAAAAAGCAACAAGUAUUAAAUCACUUAAACCAAAACAGCGCAGUUAAAAAUUGUAAUCAGCCAGUGAAAUACACAGCUGAUGCAAACAACAUAAAUUGUUCCAAUCAUAGUAGUAAAAGCAUAGGAAACAUAAUAGAUUCGGGUGGUGUGAAUUUAGGAUUCAUAGAUGAUGAAUCCAGCUCGUACAAACACUCAAAUCUCAAAUCAAGCGAUUCAAGAACUGAAGAUAAAAGAUAACAAAUAAUGAAAUCUUCUAUGUGUAAUUGUUAAGUUUGUUAUAGGUAAUAUUCUAUUAUUUGACUACUUAUUUAUGAUUUUUACACCUUGAGACUUUUAGUACGAUUCAAACGUGUGUAGUUUUCAUUCAAAUGUUGAAAUGUUCAUUUGUUAGACAUUAUCUAAAUUUUAAAUAAAUGUGUAUGUAUACAAUGUGCUAAGAUGCACUGAUCAUUAAUACUUUUCUUAGUAAUUUAAAACUUUCAACCAUCAAUUUUUCACUAGAGGCUUUCAUUUAGUGGAAGUUGUUUUACAAGGAGGGUACUUACUAAGCCUAAAAGAACAAAAAAAUAUUUUAUUAUUAAUUACCGCAUGUUUUUGAAUUUGUUGGUUUGACAUUGCUUUUUAAAAUACAAAAUGAUUAGAACCAGA